AUGUCCGAGUGGAAGGUAGAUCCAGAUAACAGAAGGAGGCUGCUACAACUACAAAAGCUCGGUGCUAAUAAGAAAUGCGUGGACUGCGGAGCACCAAACCCUCAAUGGGCUUCUCCCAAGUUCGGGGUUUUUAUCUGUCUCGAAUGUGCCGGAAUUCAUCGGAGCUUAGGGGUCCAUAUCUCGUUUGUGAGAUCAAUCACGAUGGAUCAAUUCAAGCCGGAAGAGCUGGUCCGGAUGGAGAAAGGUGGCAAUGAGGCGUUUGAAGAGUACAUGAGCUCUCACAAUGUUGAUCUGUCGCUGCCACACAAGGCCAAGUACGAUAACCCGAUCGCGGAGGACUAUAAACGCAAGUUGACUUGCGAGGUGACCGGUGAGCCGUUUACGGAAGCCGAGCACCCGGAUUUCGAUCCUGCAUCGCUGGCCAACCAGCAGCCGGAGGUUAAAACGGCCGCCGCCGGUGUUGAAAAUCGGCAACAGACACCAAUAAAGUCCAGACGCUCAGCAACGCCGAAGAGCUCUCUCGAACAGAGGACAAGAAACGAAACUUUCUUUGAGGAAAUGGGGAAAAAGAAUCAAAGUAAGCCAGAAAACUUGCCACCGUCUCAAGGCGGCAAGUACCAAGGCUUUGGCAACACCCCUGUCAACGAUGCUUCAAACGGCAAUGGAGCUAGAGGUCAAGCUUCUAACACAUUAAGCUUGGAUAAUUUCCAGAAGGAUCCCUUGGGAACUUUUGCCAAAGGAUGGGGGCUGUUCUCCUCCGCCGUCACUAAGUCGUUUGAAGAGGUGAACGAAUCUGUCAUCAAACCCGGUUAUCAGCAAUGGCAGUCAGGCGAGCUAUCUGAAGACACUAGACGUGCUGCUGCUCAAUUCGGACAGAAGGUUCAAGAAACAAGUCAUUAUGGCAUGCAGGCUUUUUCGUCUUUCACGAAAAACAUGCAACAGCACUACAUGGGAGACAACCUGCACGAGAAUUCGCCGUAUUCCCACUUGUCACAGGUCGAUUCUCAAGAAGGGCUGGCGAACGACCAAGAAACUUACGCUGCAAAAUCAAAUGAGAAGUCCAAAAAACCUGCUGCUGAUGAAUGGGACGAGUUUUGA